AUGGCUCACCGUCUCGUCACUCAAGUCAUCGUCACCGGAGCCCGGGUUUUCGGCCGCGCCUUCGCCGAAGCCUACAAACAAGCCCAGGCCUCCGGCAAAUACGCCGCGCAGAAGAAGAAUGGUGGGAGUGCGUUUUCCUCGUCGGGUCUGAGCCUUGAUGAGGCUUGCAAAAUCUUGAAUGUCAAGCCUCCGGGGGCCGGUGAGACCAGCCUCGAACAUGUGAUGGAGCGCUUCAAGAAGCUCUUUGACAUCAACGACCCGAAACAAGGUGGCAGCUUCUACCUCCAGAGCAAGAUUCUUCGGGCUCGAGAACGGAUAGAAAUGGAAGUCCGUGAGGCAGAGCGCAAGGCCGCGAUGGAGAAGGAGCUCCGCGAAGGGUGGAAUCCCAAGGUCUACAAGGACCGGUGA